AUGAUCUCUAUCAUCGCUCGCAUCACCUUUGUGUUCUUGGCCCUUGUGUCUGUGUCUUGCCCUGUGUCGGUGUCUGUGCCUGUGUCUUUGUCCUGCCGCGCUACGGCUUGUUCUUCGGCGGUUCCUUCGGCGGUUCCUUCGGCGGUUCUUUCGGCGGUUCCUUCGGCGGUUCCUUCUAGCGUUGUGUCUUUGUUUGAACCUGUGUCUUUGUUCGUCCUGGAUGCUGUGUCUAGUGUCAAUGCAACCUGCUCUGUGUUCCACCCGGAAACUCCUCGCUCCAUGUGUGUCUUGACGGCUGUGCCUGAAUAUGUGUACCUCGUUCACCUCGCCCCUUUGUUUGCUUCGUCGUUGCUUGUACGUAUUGCCGUAGCCAUGUUUGAUACUACUGUUCUCUCUGCGCUGUGUGCAUGUGUUUUUCUUUCUUGUUUAGCCUACCGCUUCGAUUUGGACAAGACUUGUCGGCGUUCCCUACAUGCUCCCUUUCAUCUACGCUUUGGCGAUCUCUUCCAUGCAUCAGUUGGAGUUCUACCGGCUUUGCCACAAUUUGUUGUCACGAAGGACGGUCAGCUACGCUACUUCUCACAAGCACAACGCCCUCCGCGGGCCCCCAUUUCAUACCUACAAGCAAUUCUACGCCAUGCCAAGCCUCACCAUCGCUUUAUUGUGGUGAAUGGGAAUCUACGUCAUCUUGUACGAGCCCAACGCCUUGGUCCUGCUACCCGUUCACGCAUCCAGCGUCAGGAGUUCUUUGUGGUGAAUGGCAUGCUUCGACGUCUUGUACGAGCCCGACGCCUUGCUCCUCCUGUUCCCGUGAUGAAUCGCGCUCCUUUUGGUCCCGCUCUACCGCCUCCGCCUCCUCCGCAUCUUGAUGUCGCUGCCUUGACUCUCAUGAUUGAUAUCCAACAACUACGUCUGCCUCUGCCACUGGCCCUGCCUCUGGCGCCGCCUUUGGAGAUGGUUCCUGCCUACCCGCCUCUGCCUCUGGCUCUACCUCUGGAUCUGCCUUUGGAGAUGGUUCCUGUCGCCCAGCAACUUCCUGCCUACCCGCCUCUGCCUCUGCCUCUACCUCUGGAUCUGCCUUUGGAGAUGGUUCCUGCCAACCAGCAACUUCCUGCCUACCCGCUCUCCUCUGCUCUACCUCUGGAUCUGCCUUUGGAGAUGGUUCCUGUCGCCCAGCAACUUCCUGCCUACCGUGCUCCUCUCGCAACCACCACCACGGUCAAGGCCACCAUCCUGCACAAUCGCUACUUGGUUGUUGGCUCUGAGACGCGUCAGGGCAAUCGCGUUGUCCAGCAGAGUUUGUUUGUAUUCGAUCUCUUCUUUGCUGUGUCCGCUCCGGGCACCACUUGCAUGACUCGUACCACCACUAACGCAACCGUUCGAGUUCCUUCUUAUACAGGUCGACUUGCCUUGGCUGCUCCCGCCCCAGUUCCUGAUGACGACUUUGUACCCGCCCCUCCCGCCCCAGUUCCUGAUCAUGACAUGGUACCCGACGAUGAUCCCCUCCCAGUUCCUGACGAAGACAUUGUACCUCCUCCCGCCCCUCCCGCCCCAGUUCCUGAUGAUGACGUGGUACCCGAUGAUGCGCUCCCAGUUCCUGACGAUGACAUGGUACCCGACGAUGCUCCGCUCCCAGUUCCUGACGAUGACAUGGCACCGCCUCCUGCCCCAGUUCCUGAUCAUGACAUGGUACCCGACGAUGCUCCGCUCCCAGUUCCUGACGAUGACAUGGUCCCAAACGAUGAUCCGCUCCCAGUUCCCGAUGAUGACACAAUCCCAGUACCUGCUCCGCCAGCCCCAGCUCCCAGAGCGCGCCGCCAGCAAGUCCCAGCUUCCCAACUGCGUCGUUCUCCACGCAUCGCAGCCCAGCAGCAACGCGUUCGGCGCUCACCAAGAUUGGCCAGUCAGGACCAACCUCGUGUGUGCUACAAGCACUUCUUCUAA